ACGACAGGCUUCAAAUCUCUAAAGACCUGCCUCUACACAAAGAAAAGAGGACAACCAGAGAAUGACAGAAGCACCAGAAUCUGCAACAAUAGCUGCUCUGAAUUAAAAGUUCCAGCAAUAGGUGUCCGCAAUGGCUUCAUUCCCACUGAUGUUUUUCCUCAUCAUUCUGGUGUAUCAAACAAUACUUCCUGAAGGAAGGGCAGUGAAAUGGACUGAGAAAGAACCCGAGAUAUCUGCUGAUCUGAAAGAUGACUUCAAAAUACCUCUUUGCCAAACUAUAAGAAAUAACAUAGAUGUUUGCUGGUUGUCAAUUGGCUCCGACAAAGACAAACCAUUGUUUUUAGGAUUCAUAAUUAAUUUUGAACAACGUUGGAUUAAUGUACUGCCUCGAAUAAAGUUUAACUAGGCAAUUAUUAUAAAUAAUGCACUUGGCAUACUACAUUAUCACUCAAGGGCCUAAUGUUAGGCACCAAUAAUGAAAUUUUACUCACUCAUUCCAAACACAUUUGACAUAUAAUUGUCAAAUAUAAUUGUCUUUAUAUUUGACAUAUAAAGACUGAUUUUUUUCUAAAUAAACUAGGAGCCUCCUAGUGUCCAACACAGUGUCCAUUAUUAGUCUCUAUCAAGUCUGCAUCCUAUUCACUUAACAACAAAGAUAUGAGAAGAACGAAGAGUAUAAAUUAAUUCUAUAUAAUAAGAAAAUUAGUCUCUCCACAUAGAGGCAGAAUAAAAACAGUUCUGAAUAAGUUGUGAAUGUAGCAGAAAAGUAAGAAUUACCAUCACUUAAAAAUUAAAAAGCUAAACUUUCCUAUCUGAAAAUAGUGGUGCUCAAUAUUUCUAAUGCUAUAAUCCUUUUUAAAAGUUCCUCAAGUUUUGUUGACCAAGAAACAUAAAGUUAUUUCCACUGCUACUCUGUUUAAUAUUAUACAUUGUGAUAUUAAAACUAUGUGAUAUUACCCGCUGUGAAAUGAACAUUUGGCCCCCAAAGUGGUGGGUACAAAUAGGUUGAAACCCUCUGUUUUAAAUUUACAAGGAAUAAUUGUGUGAAAUUUCAGUAAAAUUAUCAUGGGCUGCUUAUGCUUCCUUAUUGUAAUCUAAUCAAAAUGGAGUGAAAUUAUGUUAUAAUUCAGACUAUGAACCUUUAUGCUUCUACUUCUUUUAUGUGAUUCUCUACUGAUUUCAUACACAUAUGUGAUAGAUUGUGAAUAAUUCACAUAUUAGAGACUCUUUUCUCAAUAAAUAGUUUUCUGAAUCUUA